GAGCGGUGGUUAGAAUUUGUUCGAGUAACCUCGUCGCCGCCGCCGCCGCGCCGCCACCGUCAGUUGUUCAGGUGAUUCAUUGAUGUCUCAACCGAAUAACAACCCAACCGUGCAGCAACAGCCACCUGACGUGCCCGUGACGUAUGCGAACUGGACCGAGUACAUAGACGACGACACGGGCAAGCCUUACUACCACAACAACGUCACUCAGCAAUGCGUGUGGGAAGCACCAGAGGAAUUUCGCGUGGAGAAGGCCCGCGCCGACGUGAAGAAGCUAUUCGAUCCGUUGCAGCAACGAAGUGUAUCAAAGGAGCAGACGGACAAUAAAAACACGACGACAAAGGAAGAACCAUCCUCCUCGCCUCCCGCCGUGUCUCCUGCUGCCGAGUCGAAACCGGUCGAUCCUGCUCCAUCAUCUGAAGUCGAGUCUACCCCCGCGCAGCCUGUUGAGGACAUUGAAGAAACGUACAAGAAAAUGACGCAAGCUGAGAAAGUCGCAACGUUCAAAGCACUGCUGAAGUCGGCUGGCAUCCAGCCCAAGAUGAAGUGGAACGAAUCAACCAAGCUCUUGAUCAACGCGCCUGCUUGGAAGGUGCUGAACACCGUCGGGGAGAAGAAGCAGGCGUUUGCCGAGUUUACGACACAACUCGCGAACGAACUGAACGUCGAGAAGCGGCGCAAACAAAAGAUUGCUCGCGAGAACUUCCUCAAGUUGCUCGCGGGGAACGACCGCGUGACGUCGCAAACUCGGUGGCCCGAUCUCUUGGACAAAUCGCUUGGACUCGUCACAGACGACCGGUGGAAUGACGUCGAGGACGACGCCGAGCGCCGCGACUUGUUCUCCACGUACAUUGCGGACUUGGGUCGCAACGAACGCGAAUUCAAGCGCCAACAGCGCGAUGCCCACCGCCGCACAUUUCUCGCGACGCUUCGGGAUCCGUCUCAGCAUGGCUUGGCGCUAAACGCCACAACCAAGUUUCACGAAGUACGCGACAAGCUCCUCGAAGUCGACUCCAUCAAGGCGCUCAACUUGCAUCGCGCCGAUGUUCAAGACUGGUUCAAUGAAUACAUGGACGACCUUCGCCGAGAAGAAGAGUUGAAAAAGCGCGAGGAACGUCAGCGGCUGCGGGAAAAGGAGGACGAGUUGGCCGCCACGUUCAAGGCAUUUCUGAAUGACGAGGUAAAAGCAAAGCGCCUGACGACGGCAUCGCGGUGGCGCGACUGCUGGAGCGGCUACGAAGCCAACCCAACGUACUGCGAGCUGAAGAAGCUGCACAGCGGACUGCCGCGAGACAUUUUCGAGUCGGUCAUGGAUCGGCUCCACGACGCACUGCGCGAUGAAAGGUCCUGGUUGAAACACGUGGUCGCAGAUGCCGAGUUUGUGGUCAAGUACAAUUCAACAUUGACGUUGUUUUUGCAGCACAUUCGGCCGACGGUGGAAAAGUUUGUCCGCGACAGGGACAAUGAGUCCGGUGCGUCGCCACGGCAAGCGUUCCUCUCGUCGCUUUUGGACGAAGCAACGGUGCCGGCGUCGGUCGCCGAGUGGUUUGACGCCGCUCAUGCCAAGGAACUGGAGCGAUACCAGCGCAUGGAAGCAGAACGGCUGAAAAAGGUCGACGCGUUCGAGGAGAUGCUGAUGGAGUAUUAUUUUCGUUCGGACCACUUGACGACGACUUGGGAGGAUGCGCGCGCGGAAAUCCAGCACCGCAGUGCGUAUCGCGCGCUGGACGACGGUGCCGAGGUUGCGUUUCAACAAUACAUGCAGAAAUUGCAAAAGAAGAUGGAGUCGUUGACGAAAACCCGCAAGGCCGUGGAAGCGUCGGAGCUCGAGCGCGCUCAAUUCCAGACGCCAGACAGCGAUGCGGCGCGGCGCCACCACCGCUCGCCGUCGCGGUCGCGAUCGCGAUCGUCCCACAAAAGGAAGCGGGCGGAUCGGUCCGUGUCGAAAGAACGGAAGAGGAGCAAGAAGAGUUCGAAGAAAAGCUCCAAGAAAAAGCACAAGCGCAGUCGCAGCCGGAGCGGGUAAUCCAUCCCGCCACAACAGGGUAACUCACAUUCGCUCAUGUUCGUCUUCGAAUAAGCAGUACAACUGUUUCCCGGUCAAUUUUAACAAAAAAAUCAAUCGCACUUGGGUUUAUUCGUCGAGUUGGAUGCCUCGGGUCUGCCUGCCAUGACAGCAUGCAGCGCCAAGUGCCCCGUGGCGAUCACGACUGGCCCCAGGACUGCCAGGUAGGUCAGCACUGCGAACAUGGUGAGCUGCAACCAGAACAGGCCAUAGAGCCCCAGCACCGCCAACACGGACGCAAAAAACCCUAUCGUCACCACGACACCACCAAAUGUCGAGGGGACGUUCGCCAGCGAUUGAGUGCGAAGCGCCCACAGAACGAAAACGACGAGCGGCACCAGGACGAGCACUGUGAAGACGUAUGACACAACUUCUCUGGGUCUCGCAGCAGGAGGUCGCAUCGCAUGUGUGAUCUCUGGCAACGCAUGCAGCGUGACGUCGCUCUCAUGCAAGAGCGAUGUCGUGUAGAGAGGCGGUGAUGGCGCAGGCGGGGCUGGUGGAAUAUCAAGCGCGACUUGACCUAAAUUCCACUCGAUAGCAUUCUGCGAAUUUUGCGUCAGAGAAGACACCGAGUUGCGAGGACAGUAUACCUCAAACUGGACGUCUCCAACGAUCAACUGCACGCCGUAGAGACCUGACAGAAGGGAAGCAUCGACAGUGACAGCAGCUUGCAUGGUGCUGUCGGUUGUGGACUCGAGCGGGAAAGUUGCAUCUACGGACGAUUCUGUGUUGGUGAAGCGGAGGACUGCUUGAUGGGCCACCAUGGGCUUGAACGUGUAUGCAUCCUGCAACCCAACUUCGAUCGAAAACUUGUCGCGUGGUUUCAGGGUUGGAAUUGCCGACAACGAUGACCCAAAUUCGACUUUUGCGCCGUGAAUGGUUGCAUGGGCCACAAAUACCUUUGUGGUCAACGCCGCGUGAAACACUCUGCUGGCUUUUCCAUCCUGCACAAGCAGCUUGUAUAGUCCUGGCAAGGCCAAUUCGCCAUCCAGCAUGAACUCGGAAACGCUGGCGUCGUCCACGUUGACUCGGUGUACCAGUGGAACGUCGGCCGCAAUGGUUCUUAGCGUAGCUGCGUUUUGGAUUGAUUUCAACACGGGAGACUUGUCUUCGACACCAGUAAAUAUGAACGUCACAUCACCCCCUCCGCGCUGAACAGGGUUACUCAGUUCCAGAGCCGUGCCAAGCACAGCUGAUGUUAGGACUCCCGCCAACCACCGCACAAGCCGCAUGUGCUAACCGAUGAACCCCUUGCACACGCCCG